GGAGCCGGGGAGCCGCGGCAGGAGCCUGUCUGCCAGCGCGGAGAGGCGGGCGGAGGCGGCGGCGAUGUUGCUCCUGCUCUUUUCCCGGCGCGGGGACUGAGAGGCGGCCCGCGCCGUCUUGCCUCGGAAGGCGCCAUGGAGAGCCAGCUGGCCCGCUGCAAGAUCGUGGUGGUGGGCGACAGCCAGUGCGGCAAGACGGCGCUGCUCCACGUCUUCGCCAAGGACACCUACCCCGAGAACUAUGUCCCCACGGUGUUUGAGAACUACACGGCCAGUUUCGAGAUCGAAAAGCAGCGCAUCGAACUCAACAUGUGGGACACAUCAGGCUCAACAUACUAUGACAAUGUGCGGCCCCUUGCCUAUCCUGACUCGGAUGCUGUUCUCAUCUGCUUUGACAUUAGCCGCCCAGAGACCUUGGACAGCGUCCUUAAAAAGUGGCAGGGGGAGACGCAGGAGUUCUGCCCCAGCGCCAAGGUGGUUCUGGUGGGCUGCAAACUGGACAUGCGCACCGACCUGAACACUUUACGGGAACUUUCCAAACAGCGCCUUAUCCCCGUCACACAUGAGCAGGGCAGCAUUUUGGCCAGGCAGCUGGGUGCCGUGGCGUAUGUGGAAUGCUCUUCCAAGGUUUCGGAGAACAGCGUGCGGGACGUUUUCCACGUGACCACCCUGGCGUCCGUCAACCGCAUCCACAAGCACCUUAAGCGCAGCAACUCAAAGCGAGGGCUGAAGCGGGCGGCGCAGUUGCCCGCUCGGACGGACUUGUUGACUGACCCCGAGAUCCGCAAAGACCGGGCCAAGAGCUGCUCGGUGAUGUGAGAGGAGACGGAGGAGACCCCCCUCCCAGGGGCCGAAGCAGAGCACUGCCUGUCUUGUUCAUAUCUCUUUGUACAGUAUUUGGUCAGGGGGAGGUCUCUGCGCCGUUCCCCGGGAUGUAGGCCCGAGGAAAAACAGGCAGCCUUCCCCCGGAAAAAAACGUUUCUGCCUGAAGCCGCGAAAUGCUAUGCAUACAUUGACAACGUCUGGAUGUGGGGCUAGUAUUGCACAGGACACAGAAAAUGCUCAGGUAGCGGAUGACCUCCGAGGAAAAGGAGCGCAUCACUGCGUGAGGCACAGAUAUUGGGGGUUGGGGGUGGGCAUAAAUCUUCUUAUUCUCUUCAGAGCAAUUAUUUUCGAGCUAGCGUACGAUGUGUAGGUUGCCCAGGCCACUGGCCUCUUUGUACAGCCAUGGCGUGGGGCAGUCAAGCCAUGCCUUUAGCAUGUGUACAUGUGUGUGCGUGCGUGUUUGUGAAUUGUAUGCGCAAGGCGAAGUGCGGGGCUAGCGCUCCCGCACGGGUCCGGUCGCGGAAUAAAGAGCUGCGGAUGGGUUGGCAGAAAAAAGGGUGGUCAUUUGAGAAGACAAAAUGGCGGCGGGUGUGGGUAGGGUGUGCGUCAGUUUGGCAAAGGCGGGAGAAAGAUGGUAGCGGAGGCCGGGGGGUGGGCUGAAACGCUUUGUGGGGGAAUGGUAAACAGAAGUGCAUUUAAGGCCUUGGACCAUGGGGUGGCUUCACUACUGAACAGGUGAGGCACGGCCAGGUAGGUGGCUGGCAGGACAGUUGGAGAGGUCAGGAGCCAUCUUUCCUCACAGCAUUCUCUCAGUCACACCCUCUAGUGCCUUCAAUUGCAGGACAUCCGUGCCUCUCUCAAUCAUAUGAUUCAAGAGAUGGGAAUGGGACAAAUGAACCUCUUGGAGUCACUCCAGCGUCACGGGAGGAGGCCAUUUCCCCCCUGUUGCUGUGCCUUCACACUCUCUUCUUGCUUGAAAUGCUUUUGACCACUGCAUUGAGGUUGAUGCCAAAGCAGAGUUUGGAUGGGGGUUUUUUCGUCAUAUUUUCCCUGGGGAAAAAGGAGGGGAGGAGAAGGAAGGACAGCUCAACUUCUGUGCCACGGGUUAGUAAAUUAACCAGGACAUUGUUUUGGCAAUUUAUUGCUGCUGUUGGCUUCCAGAUCCGCGGCGCUGCAUGGUUCUGGUUUGCGCCAAAGAGAAGUCAUUCUUUCCUUUCUCCUCAAAGCGCAUUUGCGUCCUUCCCACGUUGUAUCUGGACGAUGCUGCUUUGGGGCAGCGGGAACCCAGACACGUUUAUCGGGAGGUAUGGAAAUACCGCCAUGCAAAUUCCCUCUUGAGAUGAUUUGGAGAAAUGGGCUUGAUAGACAGGAGCGCAGCGUACGUGUGUGUCAAGAGGCCAGGAGGUAUUGUCGCAUUAGCAUUCAUUAAGGGCCCUGGCAGAGAGGGAGGUCGAGCCACGGAUUGUUGCCAAUGGACAAAUCUGCAAUGAUUGGAGGAGGAGGAGGAGGAGAGGGAGAAAGCUGCUGACUUUGGGCCCUGGACCAGAGAAGGGAACAGAGGUGGCUGUGUGUGUCAAGCAACUUCUUCUUGCAAAUCAAAAUAAUAAGUCCAUGCUCCAUGCUCCCUAAUAUAUCUGGGAAGCCAGCAUUGGGGUUGGGUACCGUUUUAGGUUCUUGAUGGGUGUAAAGCUCGUUCUUCCUAAGACACAAACCGAUUUAAUUUUCACCUCCACCGUUAACUUUUUCCACCCCCUGGUGCCUGCAAAGUGUGAUUUGGUUGUGUGGGAAACGACCUCUGCGUAUGCUCAGGUGUUCUAGGACUAAGGAAAAAUAAAACAAAAUCUGGAGCGGU